AUAAGAAGGCACGGGAGAAAUCAAAACCCUCAGUUCUGCCCCAUUCUGCGCAUCGAUUCCAAGGUGAGAGUGGGAGACAUGUCUAGGGUUUUUGGUGGGUGCAGGGUCCUCAUGGUGGCGGCCAAGGCGGAGGCUGCCUCCCCGGCGGCCGAGAAGAUGCAGAGCGGCUUCCUCAAGCCGCACCCCAUCUCCCCGGCCAUGCAGAAGUUCGUCGGCGCCUCCGAGAUCUCGCGUAACGUAGCCAUUAAGAAGAUCUGGGAGCACAUCAAGCUCAACCAGCUUCAGGACUCAGCAAACAAGAGGGAGAUUCACUGCGAUGAUAAGCUGAAGAGUAUACUUGAUGGUAGAGACAAGGUUCAGAUGUUUGAGAUUUCAGGACUGAUAGCUUCUCAUUUCCCCAAACGUAAAUGAAAUCAACGAAGGAAUCGUGCUGUUGCUUUCAUGUUCGCAGUUUGAUCUACGUUUGUUGGUGUCAGCAGUGUUAGGACUUUUAUUUGUAGCAGUGGAGAGCUCCCCAUCUUUUCUAAGUGUGUUCUUGCGUAUGCUGUGGUAGAACUCUUAGUCAUGCUGUAGUAACUCUGUCUUGUUUUAUAGUUCACUCAGAUGUUAGUGCAUUGGCUGGUCAUUGCAUUUCA